CAGCGCUUCCUUUCUGGGUGAGGGUGGCGCUCGCCUCUUCGGCGGUUGCUUUCCGUCGAGGGUCACGUGGUGGGGCCUUUGGUCCCUCCUCUCGGCUGCCGGACUGGGGCGGCGGGGCUGCGUUUGACGCGGGGGCUGCUGGGUAAUCCGACGACAGAGAGACAGAGAGAGAGAGAGAGGCGGCGGCGACAGCAACAGAGACUGGCGGGGGCCCUAACACCGCCGCCCUCUCGGUUCAGCCCAGCCGAGCCCUACCUCGGCGGCUUCUAGACAUGGAGUGGCGGGGGAGCCGGAGAUGGAACUCCGCCGCCGCGCCUUUAUUUUCGCGGUGAUCUCCCGUGGCCUGCUCCUCCUCUCCUCAGUGGUGGCUGCUGGGGCCUUCCGGGUCCUCCUCACACCCGCCCGGCAGCGGCAACCGGGAAAUGGUUGGGGAGUAGCCAAACAGGCAACGGAGGGAACCUAGAAACAGCAAAGCUGAGAGCAUGCUACGGAGGAUGGACACCAAGGAGGCUCUGUUGGGGACAGAAAGAAAGAAAAAUGAGCAACAUGAACCGUGAAGACCGGAAUGCGCUGCGUAUCAAAGAAAGAGAGAGGCGUAAUCAAGAAAUUCAGCAGGGUGAAGAAACCUUUCCACCUAACUCUCCUCUCUUUGCUGAACCAUAUAAAGUUACCAGCAAAGAAGAUAAAUUAUCUAGCCGUAUCCAAAGCAUGCUUGGAAACUAUGAUGAAAUGAAGGAUUUGAUAGGUGACCGGUCCCUCCAGAAGCUUGAUGGAACUCCUAAACCAACAGUAUCAUCAACACCAGAUGAAAAAUCAAACCAAAGUUUCUUUGGUGAUCAGAGGCACAGUACUGGUUCUCAUCAGAGCAGCAAAUGGACGCCUGUAGGUCCAGCGCCUAGCACUUCUUCCCAAUCACAAAAGCGGUCCAUAGGUUUACAGAGUGGGCAUGGUGGUCAGCGCAACAGUGGCAGUAACACUAGCAGUAGUGGGCAAAGGCAUGAUCGUGACUCAUAUGGCAGUAGUGGGAGCAGCAGUAGCCGGAAAAAAGCCCAGCAUGGAUCAGAACAUUCAAAGUCACGUUCUUCCAGCCCUGGAAAACCACCUACUGUUUCUUCUUUGAACCCCAGCCAUUCCAGGUCUCAUGGAAAUGAUCAUCAUAGCAAGGAGCAUCAGCGCUCUAAAUCUCCACGAGACCCUGAUGCCAACUGGGACUCACCCUCCCGUGUACCUUCAUUUUCUAGUGGUAGUCAGUCUUUCCCUCCUUCACUUAUGUCUAAAUCUAACACAAUGUUGCAAAAGCCUACUGCCUAUGUAAGGCCUAUGGAUGGCCAGGAGUCCAUGGAACCAAAGCUAUCUUCUGAACACUACAGUAGCCAGACUCAUAGCAACAAUAUGAAUGAACUGAAACCUAGUAGCAAAGCACAUCUAACAAAGCUGAAAAUUCCUUCACAACCACUUGAUGCAUCAGCAUCUGGCGACAUGAGCAGUGUUGAUGAAAUUCUAAAAGAGAUGACCCAUAUUUGGCCACCUCCAUUGACUGCUAUUCACACACCAUGCAAAACUGAACCUUCAAAGUUUCCAUUCCCAACAAAGGAAACUCAACAAUCUAAUUUUGGCACUGGAGAACAAAAAAGAUACAAUCCUUCAUCAAAAACAUCUAAUGUCCACCAGUCUAAAUCAUGCGAAUCAAAUCAGACAGACGUUCUCAUAAAUGACUUGAAACUCAGCAGCAGUGAAGACAGUGAUGGAGAACAGGAUUCUGAUAAGACGGUGCCAAGAGGUACACCUGGAAGUAAUUCUGAACCUUCCCAGCAUACAAGUGAAGGGGCAGACAACUCUAGGGACGACUCAAGCAGCCAUAGUGGAUCUGAGAGCAGUUCUGGUUCAGACUCUGAAAGUGAAAGUAGUUCAAGUGACAGUGAGGCAAAUGAGCCAUCACAGAGUGCAUCUCCUGAGCCUGAGCCACCUCCAACAAACAAGUGGCAGCUUGACAACUGGCUGAACAAGGUGAAUCCACAUAAAGUAUCACCAGCUUCUUCUGUGGAUAGUAACAUCCCAUCAACACAAGGCUACAAAAAAGAGGGUAGAGAUCAGAGCACAGGGAGUGGAUAUGCAGAUCAAAGUGGAUCUAAAGAUUCCAUUUCCACUCCUGGGAGAGAUUCGAAAACCGGCCAAAAAGGAUCAGAGGGCAAUCGGAGCAGACAGAAGUCACCUGCUCAGAGUGACAGCAUGGCCCAAAGGAGGACUGUAGGUAAAAAACAGCCCAAAAAGGCAGACAAACCAUCUGUGGAAGAGCCCAGAGGGGGGCUGAAAAUAGAAAGUGAAACUCCAUUGGACAUGGCAACAAAUAUACCUUCAAACAGACACAAGGCAGCCACAAAAGGCUCCAGAAAGCCCAACAUAAAGAAGGAGCCCAAAUCUUCCCCUCGGCCUACAACAGAGAAAAAGAAGUGCAAGGUUGCAAACAAGUCCUCCCAGAAAUCCAAGGAAUUCAUAGAAACUGAUACCUCAUCCUCUGAUUCUGAUGAGAAUGAGAGCCUGCCUCCUUCAUCACAAACCCCCAAAUAUUCUGAGAGCAAUAGGACUCCUGUUAAACCCUCUAUGGAGGAGGAUGACAGCUUUUUACGGCAAAGAAUGUUCUCUCCUAUGGAAGAGAAGGAACUCCUUUCACCACUCAGUGAUCCUGAUGAAAGGUAUCCCCUUAUUGUUAAGAUUGACUUGAGCCUCUUAACCAGAAUACCAGGGAAGCCUUACAAAGACACAGACCCAUCAAAAGUUGAGAGGAAAAAUGUGUCUGAGAAGCAUCCAAGAGAGACCCAGAAAACAUCCUCUGACAAAAGUUCCACCAAGGGCAAGCGGAAGCAUAAGUUAUGUCAGAAUGCAGAAGAAAGCAAAGGCAUUGAAAGCAAGAAAACUAAACUGGAAGAAAAGCCUCCUUCAGCACACAAAACUUCUAGUAACAGAGAAUCAACAAAGCAAAUUGCUGUUAAAGAGAAGGAUCCUCUCCCAUCUCCAGCCACAACCCCAGUCAUCCAGAAAGAGUCCAAGCAAGAGCAUGGAUCUCGGAAGAGAACAAUCAGUCAAUCUUCAUCAUUGAAAUCGAGCAAUAACAGCAAUAAGGAGAGUAUCAGCAGUAAAGGUAGCUCGUCUAAACAAAAGAAAACUGAAGGGAAGGCCUCAAGUAAUACUAAGGAAGCAAAGGAAAAGCUUUUAAAUAAUUCUUCAAGCUGUGCUUCUGCCUCCACCAUGACUACAGAUAGUUCGAAGUCCCGGAGAACAAAGCUAGUGUUUGAUGACAGAACUUACUCAGCAGAUCACUACUUGCAAGAAGCAAAGAAGUUAAAGCACAGUGCUGAUGCAUUGUCCGACAGGUUUGAGAAAGCUGUGUACUACCUUGAUGCUGUAGUUUCAUUCAUUGAAUGUGGGAAUGUAUUGGAGAAAAACGCUCAGGAAUCAAAGUCCCCGUUCCCUAUGUAUUCCGAAACUGUGGAGUUGAUCAAGUACACUAUGAAACUGAAGAAUUACUCAGCACCAGAUGCAACUGCAGCAGACAAAAGGCUAGCAGUGCUGUGUCUUAGAUGCCAGUCCCUAUUAUACUUAAGACUUUUCAAGCUGAAGAAGGAGAGUGCAUUGAAGUAUUCCAAGACGCUGACUGAACAUCUAAAGAAUUCUUAUAACAAUUCUCAAGCACCAUCACCUGGUAUGGGAAGCAAACCAGCCAGUAUGCCAUCGCCAGUCUCUCCAAAGCUGUCUCCAGGAAAUUCAGGAAAUUACUCUUCAGGAUCAACCAACCCUUCAGGGAGCACUUCUUCAGUGACUAUUCCACAAAGGAUACACCAGAUGGCAGCCAGUUAUGUCCAGGUUACUUCCAAUUUUCUGUAUGCCACUGAAAUUUGGGACCAAGCUGAUCAGCUUGCCAGAGAGCAAAAGGAAUUCUUUGCUGAACUGGAUAAAGUUAUGGGCCCUCUGAUUUUUAAUGCAAGUGUCAUGACAGACUUAGUACGUUACACCAGACAGGGACUACAUUGGUUGCGUUCGGAUGCCAAGUGAUAACUGGACUGAAGAAAUCUAAAUCAUAGAAGAUACUUUUCUUGCUGCCUCUUAGUUUUUCAACACUGUGUCAUAAAAAAUAAGGAAGACUGCCAUAAUGCAUUGCUUACCAGAAACUGAGAUUAAGGAAUGCUUUCAUGUGUCUCCCAGCAUCAUGUGUGUGAGAACCUGCAAACCAUCAUGUUAAUGAACUUUUUCAGUUGUUCCAUUUUUAAGAUAUUUAAAAAAUAGUUUAAACUCUGCAAUGUUUUAAUAUAAGGGGGAUUCAUUGAGCUGCAAUUGGAUUGGAAUUCUAGUAAUUAUGCCUAACAAUUCUGUUUUAAAACGUAUUUAUUUUAAUUUGUUUUUGAAAGCUCUAUUUUUGGGCUGUUUUAAGAUAUAGCAGUUUUUCCUAUAAAUUUUACCUGAUCAAAUACUUAGAGAAGAUUAAAUGUAGACACUUUAUUUAAAUAUUUUGUGAACUUUGUUAUUCUGUAAUGUCUUGUGGUGGUUAGCUUGUAAAAGAAAGUCAGGGUUGAUAGAUUCUAAAGUGUAGGGACACAUUUUCAUGAAUAUCUCAGUCAACCCCUAAAUGACAGCCACAAUUUUACCAUUGUACUAAGUUCUAAGGAUAUUGUUCUAUACAUUAAGUUGUUUUAUUUAAGUGAGAUUUUAAAUGAUCUCUGUGGAAACUUAGCUUCAAAACACAUGUGUUAACACUAACAAUCUCAAAACCUUACAGAUAGUUGCAUUUAAUGCAAUAUUAAAAUAAUGUGGGCCACAACUGAGCUUCAGUCUGCAGAUGUAGAUAAGGAAUGGUUUCCAGUGGACAAUCUUGUGCUUUGGUGCAGCCUCUGUUUCCUUGCUUGUAAUUGUUAGACACUGAAGCUGCUAACUUUUAACUCCUAUGUGAAAUUGAUGCUUGUCUCAUUUCCAGUGAUUAAUUGGAAAAUGUGAGCAGUAACCAAUAACCUUGGUUUUCUCACGGACAGGAGUACACAGUGGGCAAUGUGGGGUAGAGAUUAGACCUGUGAUUGCAGGGACAUUCUGAACUGUUAUGUCCAGUUGAUUUAAAAUCUAGCUGUUAUCCUUUUUUAUGACACCUUCAUUAGCGUUUAAUGUUUGUGAUGGGAACAGAAUCUUUAAUUUUAAAGGAAAUAACUGUGAUCAGCAAAAAUCAUUCAUGGAAUUCUAAGUUAACUGUGUUAAGGUUACUAACCAGAAUACCUUUCCAUAGAAGGUGCUUGUCUGACUAAAAGAAUAUUGCUUAGCGUCCCUAAUAUGUCUGGUGUGCCUUAUGCCUUUUUAGAUGAAGAUUUUGAGUACUGUUUACAAGAGGUUUUACACUUAGGACCCAGUAUACUGUAUCCAGUUGGUCUCCUGCAGUACUUUGGUAAAAUUCCACUUCCUUUUCCUAAUACUGCUAGUGGCUGUCAUUUGUUGAGAAUACACAUUGGUUAGAGUCAAACUCUGAACCCCUUCAAUGUGGGGUUGUGGAAUGCUGCUUUACCUGCCCUUGUCCCUGAACCUUACCCCAGAUGCAAAUGUGCAUGUUCAAGAAAAUGAUUGCACUAAAUUUAUGUCUAGCUGAAUAGCUAUGUGCCAAAAUGAUGGCAAGCUUCAAAAGAAGGAAUAGAAUUCUACAUUAAUUAGUACUGCAGUGUGUCCUUGGGACGUUGAGAAACUUCAUAAAUCAUAGUCACUAAACUAUAGCUUGCUUAUUCAUAGAGCCUUGUAUUCUAAUGUUUUGUACUUCAAGGAAUACACAGGUUCAUACCCUAAUACUCUGAAUUGAUUCAGUUGAAAUUACUACCCACUGGUUCUGUAUUCACAAUGAUUAAUACUGUUUACUGUUGCACUGUAUCCACAAGAAUGCAUUGUAAGAGUGGAGAAAGAAUAUAAAGUCACAUCUUUGCAUACAAAUGAUUAUGCCACAACAUAUUUGAUAACAUUCUUAAAAGAUUUCUUAAACUGAAUUUCUGUUAAACAUUGAUAGGUGAUAAUGUAUUAAACUGCUACAUAUUCUUUCAGUGUUGCUGUUUGAGCCAGUGCACACACAACUGCUGUCAUAAGGAACCGUCUUUAAACUGCUCCCUUGGCAAGCAGUUCACUGUGUAUGUGCUUAGCACAUAGAUUAAGAGAGUCUGAGGUUAUUUUUUAAAAAGAGAAGAAAUGGUUUGUGACAGACUUCUGUGGUCCAUUUCUUGUGAGCUAUUUGUGUAGAGGUAUCAAUCAUGAGAAGCAAUUUUAAAGCAGGUGCACUUUCAUGUGAUUUGGUCCCAAGAGGUACAGCAGAUCUAAUGGGCUGGGUUUUUUUCUUAACCUUCAGAAGUGCCUGGUACACUCAUCAUACUGAGGCCUCUACAUUGUUAGGAGUUGUUGGAUUACAAGCUCACUUGCUUUGUAUUUCUGUGGUGAUCAGCAGGGUGGUUUGGCUUGUUUUUAUACCCAGUUACCAUAACUGCCAGUGGGAAAAUCUUUUUUUUUUUAAAGAACAUUGUUUUCAAAAGUAAAAUACUCUAUAUCACAUUGGAUUUUUUUAAAAAAAGCUUCUUUUCAUAGGAAUCCUAGACAUUUGUAUGUUUAAUAAUUUAGCAAGGCCCCUCUAGUUUUUAAAUGUAGACCUAAGGUAGCAGACAUUAUUUUUUGUAAUGUAUGCCUCACAGAGGUGGUAUUCGUAUGUCCUAAAUAUGAGCAGUACUCUUCCUUCCUUGAUGCAAAUUGUCUAGCAGUUUCUAACCAGUUAAAUUGGAAUUUUGACAAAAUUUCAAAACACCAUCUAACUCUGAAUUCCUUUGUCUCUGAAGCGCAUGAGUAAUUUGCCAAAGUUAAUUGUUAAAUGCGAACACAUCAUAAGCUUUUGCUUUUCUUCUCAAAGAGCAAAAGCAAGCUGACAUCCUAAAUCUGCCUUUAAGAUGCAUUAUGUGUAUAUUUUGAGCACUGACACAUAUUGUGCUGUUGUCUUCAUGUGAAAACUCUGGAAUAUUAGAUAAUGGGUUUAUGAUUGUGUAUUUACACAUAUCAGUGUUGCUGUAUAUCCCAGUGAUGAGCCUUUAAAAACUGCUUAAUAGACUAGGCUUGCUCAGGUGUUCAAGUAAUUCUGAAUUUUCUCUCAAAGGUGCAGAGUCAGAGGAGAGCAAUCCAUGAAAGGUGGUGGGAGAUCCACCAGUGGAACUCUGGAUGUUUCACCAGGCGGCUGGCAGUGGGUGGGUGAGACACUGUAGCACAAGCAGCUACAAAUGUUUCACUUCAUUGAUUGAGGAUGAAGUAGACUUCAAUUAGCAGGUCCCAAACUAAAGAACUAUUCUGAUGGCAGAUCCCUUUAACAAAACACCUAGGAGCUACUGACCUUGUUGAUACUUGGCUACUUCAUUUUGUGUCUUAAAUGAACAUUCAGAAUACCAGACCAAGAUAACCCAGCAUGUUCAGUUCAAUAUGAUUUAUAUCUUGGCUGUAAAGCAGAGCAACUGGCUGUUGACCUUUGACAGCAGUAUGCAAUUUGUAAUAUACAUGUUUCUUAUACAUAUAUCUACAUGCAUAUAUAGAUGAAUGAACUCAAGUCUGUCCAAAGUUUGUUAUACUUGUGUUAGGUUAUAGUACAGCUGACUAUAUCAAUAUAUUUAUUGAGUGCUGAGCCAUCCUCAUUUGGGUGAUGGUGAUAAACUUUGCAUAUUAUGCUGGAGUGCUGUCAGUUUCUUUUAGAUUAUUGAAGCUUGAUUGCCACGAUUUUAUACAAUAGAGCCCCUGUAGUGUAUGUUAUAAGCGGCCACAGCAGAUAUAGAGUCUAUGGGCAUAACUGAAUGCUUGCCUAAGACAAGUGAAACACAGCUGUAGGCAGAUAACCAUAACACUUGCCAGAUUUGGCAAAUACUGGGAAAUACUACUUUUGCUAUAUAUAGUAACAUUUCCCUGCACUGUAAACUUUGCAGUAUUUUUAUUAAGGGGGUUUAGGUGGACCUGAGCAAAUCAAGUUUGAAUGCAUUUUUCCCAUAAAAGAAAUAAGCAACAUCCAGACCAUAUGAUAAGAAUCUUGAAUGGCAAAUAUUUCAUAAAUAUUUGGAUCAAGGACAGAACAACUUUAAAUUGAGUGGAAAUCAGUAUUGUGGGAAAUUUGGAUUUUCAAUAGUUAAGUAAAUGUUGGAUAUCUUUCAACAAAGUGUAGCCAAAGUUUUUACUAGUGUGCUCUGUUCAGCAACUUCAGGAUUUCCCCAAGACCUAGAAAAUACAGGCUAACUGUACAAAGUAUGAUAAAUUGUUUCAUUUUGGGGGGUGGGUUCUGGGAUGUUUAUGGCAUUUUUAAAUAGUAGUUAUGGAAAAUAGGUUAAUUAUAACAUUCUCACUGGAGUUGAGACGUUUGUGGAAAAGCAAGCAUUUUUUACAUAAUGCCUUCUCCCUUCCAUCUCCCCCAUCCCGCCCCCAGUUCACCUAAGCUUUAAGCAAACUCAGUUGAAGACAUUUGAACUGCUGCUCCCCGCUCAGAAUAACAGAACUAGUUCUGGCUUUGCUUCUCAAUUCCAUCUGUUAAUGUAUUGGCAAAUCAUUUGUUUCUGGUAACGUAACAGUGAACAGAACUGAUGCUGGCAAACUGGACUAAAAAUUUUCCCUUCUCCUAGUUUUUAGAUCGUAUCAGUAUUGGCAGCCAGCAUUCCAAGAUGGUUACAUUAAAAUACCUUAGAAUCUGGCUUUGUGGGCCAGGCAAAAAGCCUCUGCAAGCACAGUUGCUGACAUUUGUAUUUGAUUCCCCUUUUAAAUGGUUUUAAGAAGUUUUGUAUAUGGAGGAUAAAGUGCUUAUAUAUUUAUUAAAGAUCCUUUAUCAUUUAAUUUGGUAAAGGUGGCUUUUUCUUUUUGGGGCAAAUGUUGGGGGGAGGUUAUUUUUAACCUUUAGUUUAUCAGAAAAAAAAACAUUGAGCAUGCAGCUUGGUACUGAUAAUGACUGGCAGGAUGGCUCUCUGUUGUAUGCUUUGUACAUGACAUGUCCAUGUCUUAUAUGUUUUGUUACUUAUCAAUGUAUUAGUCAUCUGUUUUCAACCAAAACUAAACUUUUAAAACAAAACUGUGAUCUCCCCCCCCUUUCCUUUGCAAUACAUUUGAAAUUUCAAAAGGGUACUUUGGGGCUCCAAAUUAGGAUUUCUAAGUCAGUAUGUGCAUUUCACGUAUGUUAAUGGUGAGCAAAGUAUUAUAUACUAACUAGAUUUUUUUCCACAUCUGUAUAGUAUAUCUAUGUAUUUUGUGGUAUUGAGAUUAUAGAAAGUUUAGUGUCUGAAAUAUGCGUUUAAUGUGUAUUUUUAAACAAAUUUAUGGCAAUUAAAUAUUUGGAGAAAAGGGUAUCACAUUUCAAUUUGUAAAGAUCUUUUUAACUACUGUGUCAUUAAAUGCUUUGUACAAUGCAAAACUGUAACUGGAGAAACUAAGUUUAAUAAAU